AUGGCGAGCAAGUAUAUAAUCGGAUCACUGUUUGGAUUGUUUGGUAUUUCAUAUUUGUUCUAUCAUCUUGCUGCUGACAAGAAGAUUUUUGGAGGCACAACUCCGAUGACUGUUGCUAACAAGGAAUGGUGGGAAGAAACUGACAAGAAGUUUCAGAAAUGGCCUCGCACUGCUGGCCCUCCGGUGGUCAUGAAUCCCAUCAGUCGCCAGAAUUUCAUUGUCAAAUCCAGAGACUAAUCCUGAAGAGAUACAACGACUUUGCUGUGGUGAUAGUUCACCACUUGUUCCUGUUUCCUAUUUUCAUGCUCAAGUUCUCACUUCUAAAACAGAGCUCUUACUCUGUCCACUAGUAAGACUGUAAGAUUGUUGUAUGUAAGAAUAUGAUACUACAAUCUUGGGAUUUCUUGCAUGUAAGAUUAAUAUAAAACCUAAGGGCUGGGACUGCCAAAAACUAGUGAUAAUAUGAAGUUAACCUGAUAUUCACUUGUCAUAAAUACCAAUGAUUAUAUGCUCGGAUAACAAUCUACAGAUUUGCAUAGAGAAAAACUGGAACUUGUA